UACCAAGAAUCAGUGAUGCCGACAGCAUGCCCCAGCCGGUUUCGGGCCUCCAGGAGUAAGUAAGCACUCAUUCGUCGCAUAUCACACAUGACGCCGACGUCUAAACCACAGACUUCAGAUGAGCACGAGCACGAUUCGUUCGUGCGUCAGGCAUUAGAGCAGGCUGCGUUAUGCGAACCUGUACCGACAGCAUUCUGUGUAGGAUGCGUCCUUGUGGCACGUUUGCUAAACUCGGAACCAAUCGUGUUGUCGAAGGGUUUUUCGAGGGAAUUGCCAGGGAACACUCAUGCCGAGGCAAACGCUUUGGCCAAGGUUGAAAGUCUCUCUUCCACGCAGCUGCAAUCUCUCGUUUCCCCAUGGCCAUGGGAAGCGGUGCCUGCCAUAGAAGACCUUCUUCGCCUAGUAGACGUUUAUACAACGCUUGAACCAUGCUCAGUCAGAACAUCAGGCCUGGCUGCCUGCGCUGACGCCCUCAUUCGCGCCAGGAUCAAACGUUGCAUCAUAGGUGUACGAGAGCCAGAUGACUUUGUCAAAUGUGAGGGUGCACAGAAGAUGAAAGAUGCCGGUAUCGAGGUUAUAUGGUACGGCGGCUUAGAGCAAGAGUGCUUGGACGCUGCCCGCAGGGGUCGUCCCAUCUAGACUGAGCACUCUCCCAACAACCUCCGACUAUCUCUGACCAGUAGUCAAUAACUUUCCUGGCGAGCUGGAUAUCCAUGAUAGCU